CUUAAAAACCAUUACAGAUCAAAAUCAAAUCAAGACACACAAAAAAUACUUAAAAAGAAUUUUGUAAUCUCACUUUUCAGGUUACUUCUAGCGAUAGGAGGACACGCAGAAAUAUUCAUUCAUGACAUCAAACAAAAUCCCAUUGUCAUACUUCCCAUGGGGAAAGCUAAAAUUUGUUACAGCUACCUAAGAAUCAUUCAUCCAAUCGAAAUGAAUCCGAUAGAAAACGUUAUUAACGUCCUCUACUUAAAAGCCCAAGAAAAGAUAGCUAACGAUAGACUUCUUAACCCUAUUAUAAAAACAAAAAUCGAAAAACUAUCUCAAUCCUUUAAAAAAAUCAAUAUAUCAGAUAAAAGAGUAAAACGAUGGGACAGCUUAGGCAGAGGUUGGAAGUACAUCUCGGGAAGCCCGGAUGCCGAAGAUUUAAGGCUUAUCAAUGCUACCAUUAACUCGAUUGUUGAUCAGGAAAAUAACCAAAUUAGAAUUAACUCUGGAUUAGACAUCAGAAUUAGAAAUCUAACAUACAGUAUUAAUUCAAUCAUCUCGAGCUACAACAACCUGUCAUCUGAGUUCAACGAAGGAUUUUCAUCAAUUAACUUACUAUUGAACAUCGACGAGCUCAUCCAGCAAAUAGAGACAAUUGGUGAUGCAAUAACCCUAGCUCGACUAAAUAUUCCCAGUAGCCGCCUGAUUAGCCUUGCAGAAUUAACUGUUGCUCAACGCUUUUUGAAAGACCAAGGAUUAGACGUAGCCACAGCAGAGAGUGUAUUAGAAAUCGCUGAAGCAUAUGUCAUAACCACUAAAGAUUCAAUCAAGUACAUCCUGAGAAUACCUAAAGUAACAAACGAAGCCUACACUCUCUACCAAAUUGAACCAGUGAUAUCUAACGGAACGAGAGUUCAUCUAAAGGCCAGUUUCUAUCUCAAUGGAACCACACCGUUUUGUUCAAAAUCAGUUUGCGAUCAGCACGCAGAGCAAUUUAUCUGUCAAUCUUCUGAACUUGAAACACCAUCGAAAUGUAUGCAAAAACUCAUUAGCGGUUCGUCAGCACAUUGUCCAAUUGAGAAAAUCUAUGGACGCAACAUCGUUAAACGAAUUAACGAGGCCACAAUAAUUAUCCAGGAUGCGAACAUUACAAUACAAUCCAACUGCAGCAUGCAUAAUGCAAUUCACCAACAUCAACGUAAAUACUCCCAGCAGGACUUUUAUCCCGACCACAGGAUUGAAGGUAAAUACCACUAA